AGAAAUCUAUUAGCGUCUAUCAACUUUCACAGCUCUCGCAGACUUAGAGCAUGAUGACAUAAUCAUCUAUAGGUGAAACAAUAAGACACUGCAAAAGUCCGAAAUAUUACAAUCGAUAUGUUUUUUGCGUAGGUGGCACAAGUCAUUCAAUUUUGAAGCUCUUAUCAGUACAUAUAUUGUAAACUCACUAUUAAGUACUGCCAACAACAACGAGCAAUCAACCUUGUUAUCAAGUAUGGGUGAAGUUUCAUUCAAACAUCACGUAUUAUAGUUGUGUGGCUUGAGGAGUGAAGAGCGGAUUUUUGCGGUGCAAAAAAACACAACACUCGCAAGCAUUUCGAUCUAAACCAGAAUUGAAUAUGACAAAACAACCCCGCGAGCAGCCGAUAGCGAGCGAAUGCUGGAGCUACACGUAGCUUCGACUCUUCAAGUUUGGCACGAGCUAAUCAAUUUGUCCCCCUUUUCUUCCGUUACGUUCUCGCUGGUGAAAGGAGAAUCGUUCAAAGGUUGAUGCUUAUUUUGUAAGGUGUAAAACGAGACACGACUUAUUUUCAUCAAGAUGAGCGACGAAUUCGACGGAUGCGAAUGCAUCUGGAGUCACGAGAUUGCGAUGCGUCGACUGCUGUCGAUUCUCCGCAACGGCCAAUCCUACUGUACGGACAAUGAGUGCAUUGAUUUGCCCCAAGGGCCCAACCAAGGUGCGGGAGAAAACUUCUUCCUGAUGAUGAUUUUUAUGAUUUUUGCUGUGAUAUUGUACGUCAUGCGGCCGUCUUCGCUCCGCCGGCGGAACGAUCUGAACAAAGCGCUGCCCCCAUCGAAUGAUGGACCCAACGAUGGUGGUGCUCCACCGGCUGUUAACUGAUAGAUAACCGAUAUCCCGAUAGCUCCCGGACACCAUUCAUUGGAACGAUCCUUCUCUACCUAUAGCAAAAUAUACCUACAUACCUUCGAAAUGAUUCCAUACGCAAGUUAUGGCAAAAGUAAUCAGGCGAUGCAUCGCAGUUGCAUUUUAACAAUCGCAGCGAAAAACUAACAACAACAAAAAAAAAAACGAAAAUCAAAAUUUUCUCUAAUUCUGUGACCCUUUCAUUUCAUUCCUAUCUAUCUACUUUGUAUUAGUUUUGUUUGUUACUGAAAACUGUUAAUUUGUAAAAAGUUUUGAGUGAAUAAUAAUUUGGUGCACUUUUUUUCCCCCAAAACACAAUUUGACGAUUGAACUUGAAUUCGAAAAAUUAAGAAAAAAAUUGGAAUAACAACAGGUCGAUCAUCUUUUGUGCAUAUUUUAUGGAACGAUCUAAGUAUCGUUUAGGUAAAGACAUCACACUAUAGUGAUAUAUAUUUUUAACCCCAAUCAAGCCAGAGCCAUGGAUCCCGAAGCACUUGGUUAUACAUAAAUAGUGAAAACAGAAAAAAAACGGUGAAAGCAUAAAGCACAAUAUUUUUUUUUUUAUUACAAUUUUAUUGCAAUCAAACGUAAAUAUAUUCUUUUCUAGAGCAGUUCAGGUACCGACUUAGAGCGAACAUUUAUUAUUAUUAUUAUUAUUAUUACUUAUUAUAAUUAUUAUCGAUAACUUUAUUAUGUUUAUUCCACAACUUUUCAAUGCCAAUAUUUUGUUUUCCAGUUUAUGGUUUACGACGAUUGAAAAUUUUUAGAUGACUGUACAAAUUAGAGAUCUUGAUGGUGAAUCUGGGGGAAGUUGUGAAUGUCAGAUGUGAUAUUUCAACAGAUAAAACUUGUAAAAGUAUUUCUAAAAUUAACGUCCAAUGACUUCAACAUCGGAUUAGCUACAAUUUUCUCCAGAGUCACCUAGACAGGUCUCACACAUACAGCGCUACUACUAGUGCACCUACCUUUGAGUCUCUCAAUCUGGUUUUUAGUAUACUGUAUUUGUUACAAUGCUUCAGUUGUAAUGUAAUCUGGAAAAUAAAGGAUAUUAUAAUAAAGAA